UUCUUUUGCAAGUCAGGACGAUGCGGCUGACUCUGCGCAUCCUUUCCGGGCUCUCCCUCUGCAAACCGGGCAGCAAACCCUGACUGUGCCCUGCCGUUAAGGAGCACAAAUACAACUCAGUCCGCUGUCGACGCGAUUGUUGAGUGUCACCGCCGCACAGGGAGGGAGGCCUGUACAGUGGUGUGUUAGCUCCUCGCAGCGCUGCAGUUGAUCCGGUUUGGCCAUGGCGCAGCUGAGGAAACCCGGAGACACUCGGCUGGGAUGAAGGGCGCGUUGCACGUCGGAGGUUUCUAAACUUUCACGCGGUGCGGGUUCCCGUAAACCCUACGUUUUACCCUCGGGAAACGGUUUGCUUGCCAAUAAUGAUCUGAGACCGUGUUUUAGUAAAUUGUGAACUCCCAGUUGACCCGGGACGCAGGGACAAUUCUCAAGGCCCCGCUGAAGGUCCCUGAACCUCACUUUAGGCACCACCCUGCGUGAGACAGACUGAUCCUCGCCUCUUUUCUAGCCUGUUUGUUUGUGUGUGUGUGUGUGUGUGGUCUGUGUGUGUGUUUGCUUGUUUGUUUGAGUGUGUGUACCCGCAUUAUUUGGAGGGGCAGUGUAAACAGUGCCAGCAGCAGCAGCAGCAGCCAUGGUGGAUGCAGCGGAGUGCGGGGUGAGAGUGAUGUGCCGCUUCAGGCCUCUGAACGAGGCCGAGAUCACCAGAGGAGACAAAUACAUCCCCAAAUUCAAAGACGACGACACCGUGGUCAUAACGGGUAAACCCUACGUUUUCGACCGCGUGCUGCCUCCAAACACGGCACAGGAACAAGUGUACGACCAGUGUGCCAAACAGAUAGUUAAAGAUGUGCUGGGCGGCUACAACGGGACCAUCUUUGCCUACGGACAGACGUCCUCAGGGAAGACACACACCAUGGAGGGCAAACUGCACGACCCCCAGCUGAUGGGAAUCAUCCCUCGCAUCGCCCACGACAUCUUUGACCACAUCUACUCCAUGGACGAGAACCUGGAGUUUCACAUCAAGGUCUCCUAUUUUGAAAUCUACUUGGACAAGAUCAGAGACCUGCUGGAUGUGUCGAAGACAAACCUCUCUGUGCAUGAAGACAAAAACAGAGUGCCCUACGUCAAGGGUUGUACUGAGCGUUUUGUGUCCAGUCCAGAGGAGGUGAUGGAUGUUAUUGAUGAGGGCAAAGCCAAUCGGCAUGUGGCAGUGACCAACAUGAAUGAGCACAGUUCUCGCAGCCACAGCAUCUUCCUCAUCAACAUCAAGCAGGAAAACAUUGAGACGGAGAAGAAGCUGUCAGGGAAGCUCUACCUGGUCGACCUGGCUGGCAGUGAGAAGGUCAGUAAGACGGGAGCUGAGGGAGCAGUGCUGGAUGAGGCGAAGAACAUCAACAAAUCCCUGUCUGCGCUGGGAAACGUCAUCUCAGCACUGGCCGAGGGAACAAAAACCCACGUGCCAUACAGAGACAGUAAGAUGACUCGAAUCCUGCAGGACUCCCUGGGAGGAAACUGUCGCACCACCAUCAUCAUCUGCUGCUCGCCAUCCAUCUACAACGAAGCCGAGACAAAGUCCACGCUCAUGUUUGGACAGAGAGCCAAGACCAUCAAGAACACAGUGUGUGUGAACCUGGAGCUGACAGCUGAGGAGUGGAAGAAGAAAUAUGAGAAGGAGAAGGAGAAGAACAAGAGCCUGAAAGGCAUCAUCCAGAAGCUGGAGGCCGAGCUCAACCGCUGGAGGAACGGGGAGAACGUUCCUGAGGAGGAACAGCUGAGCUCUAAAGACCAGAAGAACGUCGAGCCGUACGACAACACUCCCAUCAUCGACAACCUGCUGCCAGCCGGAGGAGGCGUCUCAGUUUCCGGCGAGGAGGGGAGCAAGUACGAGGAGGACAUCACCAACCUGUACAAGCAGCUGGAUGACAAAGAUGAUGAGAUCAACCAACACAGUCAACUGGCUGAGAAACUCAAGGAGCAGAUGUUGGAUCAGGAAGAGCUGCUGGCAUCAACGCGGCGCGACUACGAGAAGAUCCAGGAAGAGCUCUGCCGGCUGCAGACGGAGAACGAGCUGGCCAAGGAGGAGGUGAAGGAGGUGCUGCAGGCCUUGGAGGAGCUGGCUGUCAACUACGACCGGAAGAGCCUGGAGGUGGAGGAGCGAGAGCAGACCAACCUGCAGCUGACGGAGGAGCUGACCCACAAGACGGUGUUGCUCUCGGCGGUGCAGAGGGAGCUGAGUCAGCUGCAGGAGCUAAAUGGCCUGCAGAGGAAGAGAGCCUGCGAAGUCCUCAAUCAGCUGCUGCGAGACCUCAGCGACAUUGGCGCCAUCAUCGGCACCAGUGACGUCAAGACCGCUGCGUCUUCAGAAACGAAGGGGAACGGCUCGGCGGUGGAGGAGGAGUUCACCGUCGCUCGCCUCUACAUCAGCAAGAUGAAGUCCGAGGUGAAGUCACUGGUCAACCGCAGCAAGCAGCUGGAGAGCGCUCAGGCCGACGCCCACCGGAAGAUCCAGGCCAAUGAAAAGGAGCUGGCAUCCUGUCAGCUUCUCAUCUCCCAGCACCAGGCCAAGAUCAAGUCUCUGACCGACUACAUGCAGAACAUGGAGCAGAAGAAGAGGCAGCUGGAGGAGAAUCAGGAUGCUCUGACUGAGGAGCUCGCCAAACUGCAGGCUCAGGAGAAAAGACACGAGAUGUCGGGGCUGGAGAAGGAGGACAUCAGCAGACUGGAUGGGGGCGAGGAGAUCAAGAAAACACUGGAGGAGCAGCUGGAGAACCACAGGGAGACUCAUCAGAAGCAGCUCAGCCGCCUCAGAGAUGAGAUUGAAGACAAACAGAGGAUGCUGGAUGAACUGACAGAUCUGAACCAGGGUUUGUUACUGGAGCAGGAGAGACUCAUGUCAGAUUAUGAGAAACUGAAGGCUGAGGAGCAGGAGAAGGAUACAAAGCUGCAGAAACUCAUGCUGCUGAAUGAAGAGAGGGAACAGGCCAGAGAAGACUUGAAGGGGCUGGAGGAAACAGUGGCCAAAGAGCUGCAGACUCUGCACAACCUCCGUAAACUCUUCAUUCAGGACCUAACCACACGGGUUAAAAAAAGUGCAGAACUGGACUGUGAGGAGGGACUUGGCAACGUUGCCCAGAAACAGAAGAUCUCCUUCCUGGAGAACAACUUGGAACAGCUGACCAAGGUCCACAAGCAGCUGGUUCGAGACAACGCAGACCUUCGCUGCGAACUGCCCAAGCUGGAGAAGCGUCUGCGUGCCACGGCUGGGCGAGUCAAAGCCUUGGAGAAUGCCCUGAAGGAGGCCAAGGAGAACGCAAUGAGGGACCGCAAGCGCUACCAGCAGGAGGUUGACCGCAUCAAAGAGGCCGUGCGGGCAAAGAACAUGGCCAGGAGGGGGUACUCUGCUCAGAUUGCAAAGCCCAUCCGUCCAGGCCAUCAUCCAUCACUGUCAUCCCCUAUCAGCACCUGCAUCAGAGCCGGAGUCACCCACUAAAAACCACAAGUUAACCCAACAAACCAUAAACAACUCAAAGCAUGCCCUCCACCUGGAACCACAAGCACCACCCAUCCUGCUGGAGCACCAGUGGGAGACCAUCACAACAGACUGUCAUCGCUCGGAGAAUCCAAACAUAGUGCAUAUACCGAUAUGAGAUUUGCUAAAUGUAGAUCAGAGGCCUCAUUUAUAAGGUGUUGUGUUUAUGUCCUAAAUUAUGCUCCAGAUUAUAGAUAGUUUCAUUUGUAUUCAUAAUUAUGCAACAGAAUAAAGUGUAACAUUUAUAAAUGAGGCCCUGAGUUACGACAUGAAUAAGUUUGCAACUACAGUUUGUACGGCUUAGAGAGCCAGGCAGAGCAGAUUUAUAAUUUAAUCUUAAACCAGCAUUUAAAUGAAGGAGUUUGACAUUCUUAUUCGCUUUCUUGCCAAGAGAGAGAGGUGGUUAACAGUCAAAAAAACAGACCUCAUUAAAUUGCAAGUGGGAUUGGCUCACCUCAGGGGAGGUAAAAAUCUUAAGAAAAGUUCUGGCCUUUAAUUUUUUAAGGUUAAGUAUUUGAGUUUCAGAAUCUUGUAUGUUGAAAUUAUUCUAAGAUGUGGUUGACUGUAUUGCACUGCAGGGACACUGACCAGCCAAUCAGAUGUUCCUUGGACUGAGAGAACAGUACAACAGUCUGGAGAAGGCUUUAAAUCUUCUUAAAUUCUUUUCCAUAACAUUUCAGGAUGUUGUAAUGAUGUAAAGUUCCCGAUCAUUCAGCAUCCUUAAAAACAAAGAGAUGGAGUGAGAAUAAUGCAACAGAAACACUAAAGCAGACAAACUUAAUGAUCAUCCUAUUGAUUGGCUCUCACUCUGCCACACCUCGUGCCUUUAGAAACACCUGGACCACCAGAAUGAAAGACUUGUGCUGGUUUACCUUUUGUUCAGCAAAAGGUAAAUUAAAUUACCAGAAAUGAGGCUACAAGGUUUUGUAGAAAAAACGUCCAAUUAAAAGCAAAAGAUUGUAAUCAGUCUUUACCCUCUAAUCAAAGAUAUAUUAGUCUGUGCUGCCAGCUGAGCAUGCUUUUGAAUGUAUAUAUCUCGGUGGAUGUGUCCUCUAAUUUUAUCGGCCAAGAACGUAAAUAGACUGGGAAGCUUUUGAGAUAACAGAGCUUCAGGCUUCAGAUCAGUUGCUUUCGUUGCCCGAGAAUGAGCCCCAUUAUCAGCUUCUUUAUUUGACGUUUAAUCGUUCGAUUGUGGUUGUUUUGAGCGAGCCGGGCAGCUGCAGUCACGCUGAAUAAAUGAAUGUAACUGCAUGAACCAGAGCUUGUGUUAAAGGCAUGCUCAGGGAGGACAAACUGAGGCAAUUGUAUACACAAUGCAUUUACCUCAUCACGAUGUACAUUUUAAGUUUGCAGAAUGUUUUUUUAGUUCCCUUCGUUUCUUUUGGCUGCGGCAUCAUGUCUCUGAAUAAUACCUGCAACAGAUAAUAAAAGAUAUAUCUAUUUAACUUUCA